GGGUGUUGCAUUGUGAUUGUAUUUAAGACAUACCGGGAACUGUAUCUGAUGUGUAAGAAUCUUUUGAUGGUCUAUUUUACUAAGGUGGAAGGAUGGACUGAGACUGCUAUCCACGUAUUUAAUAGACAUAAUGUAUCUGAUGAUCAUGAGGGUGAAGGACACCAGGUAGAUGAGAGAGUGAAGAUGCUGCAACUGAAUGAGGCAAUGGAAACAUUUCUUCUUCGAUUGCAAAUCAGAGUGAGCGGAGAGAAUGGUGUAGCCAAAAUUCUUAUUCAUCUUGUUAAUCCACUAGAAACAUGGGCUGCUAAACUUAAUACUGUUAUAUCUGGAACUCAAGUGCUGCCUAUGUCUGAGUGGCAAAAAUUAUGUGAACAGCUGGGUGACUGGGCAAAUCAUGUAGAGAAUGCCAUAGAUCGAGUGGGUUUGCAUGUAAAAGAGAACAUUCCAAUAACUGAGGAGAUUCGAGAAGAAGCGGUUUCUGUAGAUGCAAUUGUGAAAGACUCAAGACAGUGGAUGAAAUCUGUUUAUAGUUCUAUUGAAAAUGAAGAUGGUGCAUUAGUUGAGCAGGUAAGUGUCCUACAUGCCGACAUGGUGGAAUGGAUGGUUCAAGUUCUGUUGAGAUUAACAGAAGAGAAACUGGAAAAUGAGCAAGAUGAGGAUGAGAACGAGGAGCAGAAAGGAGAAGAGAUCAUAGAUGACAAAGAAACUUUCAUUAGUACUCCUGACAUCAAGACAGCGCGUGAUGGUUUAGCAUAUCGUAUAAACAUCUUAUCAAAUAGAUUGAACAAAUGCUGUACUGAUGUGCUACAGGAGCAACUUCAAGCUAUGCUUGGUUUGUCUGGAGAAGGAAAUACAGAAAUGGAGCUAAGAGAUCUAAAGAGAAUGGGUUUUGAGUGUCACCAAUGGACACAGACAUCAGAUCUGUUAGUGGAGGAAUUGACUGCCAAAGAUGCAGGACAGUGGGUUGCACCAUCUUGGCAUCAUCUACGUCAGAAUGACCCUUUAGCAAAAAAACGACAAGGAAUCAAAUCAGAGGAGAAACUGAGCGUAACAGCUGAAGAUGAUAGAGAUACACUAGAGAGGCAAUCUGUCCAUGUGAUUGGUUCAGAUGAGAAUCUAACUCAGGAACCACUAGCCAGUGUUGCAAUUGACAAGGAAACAGUGAUUGAAACAGAGAGUCCAAGUGUAGCUGUUCUUGCAUCUGAAGCACCAAUACCUUUGGGUCGGUCAAGUUCACCACAUGAUGCUUUGCUUUCAGCAAUUGAUUCUCUUGAACAACAGCUUAAAGCGUCUGAGGCUCUUGUCUUGACUGCUGAAGGACGGGCGUCUAGGGCAGAAGAAAAACUAAAAGCAGCUCAAGAACAAAUUGAAGCUCUUGAACAACAAGAACGAAAGCUUCAGCAAGAGGUUAAAAGUCAGCAGCAGCAACUGAAUCAGCAACAGCAGAGUCCUAGGCGUGGAGGGCCACCAUCCAGGGGAGCUGGUAGCAGGCAAGUUCAAGGGAGCAAAAAGGGAUCAUCUGUAUACCAACCUCGGCGUGGUACCCCUGACACUGUAGCUAGUGGAGGCAUUCCUUCAUCAGGUGCUAGAAAAUAGGACUGUAAAUUAUGAUGCACGUUGCAAUUGCCAGAGCUGUCUGCGUACGUUUUUCACUGCUAAAGUUCUUGAUAUUUAGGUGGUGUAACAGCUGACGUCUGAUGAGGUAGUCACACUCAUCUACUGCACGCACAAAAUGUACAGUAUGUUUUGCCAGCUCAA